UCUUAAAAAACUUAGCUCUUUGGAAUAGACGCCAUUGUUUCGAUAGGUUAUUCGUGGUAGUAUUUAGGUUUAGCUGGGACGUUACUGUUUGGUGUGUAUUUUAUUGUUCGAAUGUGAAAUUUGUAAAAAUGAAUCUCCUGAAGGCGAUGAGUCCUACUUCGGUGACUCCUUCCGUCGAACUCAGUACCUACAGGGACCAGCAUUUUAAGGGCUCUCGGACAGAACAGGAAAGACUUCUUCGCGUAUCAACUACUUUAUAUAUUGGAAAUUUAUCGUUUUAUACAACAGAAGAACAAAUAUAUGAAUUGUUUUCAAAAUGUGGUGAUAUUAAGAGGAUUAUUAUGGGAUUGGAUAAAUAUAAGAAAAUUCCAUGUGGAUUCUGCUUUGUAGAGUAUUACCAACGUCCGGAUGCUGAGAGCGCUAUGAGGUAUAUUAAUGGAACAAGGCUUGACGAUCGUAUUAUAAGAACAGACUGGGAUGCAGGGUUCGUUGAAGGAAGGCAGUAUGGAAGGGGAAAGAGUGGUGGGCAGGUUCGUGAUGAAUAUAGAAGAGAAUAUGAUGCUGGACGAGGUGGUUAUGGAAAAGUGAUGCAACAGCCUACAACAAAAGCUGAAGCUGCAUCAAUAUUUAAUGGACAGUGAUUUUAACACAAGAUCCAAUCAUAUGCACCUUCUUUCACUUCUAUUCAUCAGAAAAGGUCUUCUAUUGGUCUACACUUGACCUUUCUGAUAAUAACUGAUUACUGAUUUAUUUUAUUUUAUCAUAGCAAUAGAAUUUAUGCUAAUAGAGCAUAAAGGUUUCAUUUCUGUUAACCUGAUAUUUCCCGAAAAAUAACAAUUAUUAUUGUUACAAUAAAGCAUUAUAUCAGUUCAUAAACCUCUAAUUGGGAAUUGAAGUAAAAAGAUGUGCAUGUGUUAACUUUUUUUAUUUUAUUUUAUUUUUGUUUUAAUUUUGGACUUAAAACAAAAUAGUUUUAGUUAUUUGAUGUAAUAUAUGUGAAUAUAAUAUAUAUAUAAAUCUUGACUGUAUUUAAUUUAAGCUUUUGAUAAAAAAAAAGUUAUUUAAAAAUAUAUUAUUUAAUAAACAUGUGGUGUUUAAUUAAAUAAUUUCAAAUGUGCUCAUUAUGCUACUUUUUUUAUUGUAUUAGUAUAUCCCAACUAUAAUUUAGUUUUUAAGCAAGAUUUUAGAACUUUUAUCGAUUCAAUGCUCUAUUUAUUGCCAAAAUAAGGAAAUCAUUGAAACUGCAACUCCUUUUUAAAUUCAUGAAUUUUUUAUAUGUUUAUAAAUGUGUAGAAAUGGUUAGCCAAGAGUACAAAAAAUAGGAUUUCCUAAAUUAUUUUAGAAAUUUUGUUUGGUAAGAGAAAAUCAGGAUUUUCUCAAGAAUCCACUGUAACUUUUGUGAAAGACAGGAUAUUUGUCAUGGGUUCUUAACUUAAAUAUUCUUACUUUGGAUAGCUGUUUUGUUCACAUUUAUUUAAUUGGCAAAAUGUUGACUGGUAUUCUAGAAAUUUAUAAAGUUGAGCUGAUUAAUUUUUCUUGAUUUUAAAUAUCACCCAAAUUAUUAGAAAAACGAAUUAAAUUUAAAAUCUGGAAUGCUUGCAUCUGGAAAUCUAGAACUCUUAUUAUUGGAGAUAAUAAAUAAGUCUCAGGAAAAGGCAAAUAUAACAAAUUAUAAAUCAGUAGCAUUUAUGUACUCUAAACAAAUUGUGUCAGACGACUAGAUAUUCAAGUCAAACAUAAUUCUGAGACAUCAUUAUCUUUAAUCCCUAAGUAUCACGAUGGAGUUGCUGCUUACAGAGUCUGAAUCAGUUAUCUCACUUUCUGAGCAACUUUUCUACCCAAUUCAUAAGACUUCUGGAAAAUUCUCAACACUGUCCUCCCAGGAGAUGCACGAUCUUUUUCUUGGUCUCUUUCACUCCUCACGGGUCUCAUAGGUCUUCCUGGCAGUUCUUUCUUGAUCUAUCCUAAGGAGAUGACUAAACCACAUUAGCUUGUGCUUCUUCAGGAUGGUCUCGUCCAGUUUAACUUCGAGGUUGGUCUGUAUGGUGGUGUUCUGGAUUCUGUCUCAUCAGAUCUUUCCUUCAAGUUUAUGAAGGUAUCGCAUCUCCAUAGAUUAGAUUUGUCUUAUGUGUUUUGAGGUAGAAAUCCACGAUUGCGAUAGGAUAGAGAGAAACAUUUAUUUAUAGACAGCCAUUUUUGUCUCGUUGGUGAGCUCUCUUUUACCCAGAAAACCCCUCCAAAGUAUAAUAACUAAUAAUAAUAAAUUGCUUUAAUUGAGAAAAGCACACAGAUAUUGGAAAUUAUCCACCUGCUCUAAUCUCUCUCCAUUUUCUUUCAGUAAUUUUCUAUUUCUGAGGCAAAUAGAUAAUAUAGGAUUAACUGAAGAGUCAGUGUGUCAAGAUAAAUGAAGUUAUAUGAUUUUUAUGUAACAAUUUUUAGAAGGGCAUGAGUUUUUUACCAUGUCGGUGGAAUGGAUAGAACUAAGUUGGUUAGAGUCGCACUUGAGACUUAAACUAAAUGCUUGAAACAAAGCGGAAAGCCCAAAAAAAUGAAGAAGAUGGGAGAGUAGGCCUUCCUGAACUUAAUGUGUUUGGUAAUUAGCAUUAGACAGGUCAACUUGGAACAAUCUUUAUCACAGGUUUUUUCACAAUACACUGCUAAAGUAACUAAAAGGGAAAACAUGAUGAUAAAAGUUAUAUAAUGAAAGUCUAAUUAGCAAAUAACAUACUUAUUGUUUCUUUAUGUUUAAGAUAGAUUGUUUCUAGAAAUGGAAGAACAGGUCUUUUAAAAUAAUGAGCUUAUACAUAUUUAUAACAAUAUAUUUUUUUUCCAAAUUUUAAUAUAAUAUUCAUUAAAAUUUAAAAAUACUAACAAUACUUAGAGUGUUAUAUAAUACAAUUCAUACUGUACAUAUCUUUGGAAAUUCUUAAAUUAAAAAAAACAAAACAAUUAUAAUAGCGAAUUAUUAGUUGAGCUGAUUUUGUGUUGUAUCCUAAACUUACAUGUUCCAUAAACGAUAAACAACUUUAUACAAAUAUCCAGCUUAAGGAAUUGAAUUAAUUUAUGUACACACUAUAAUCAUAGGAACCUAUUACAGUCCUAAAUACCUUCAUUUACCAUAAAAUCAUUGGAGCUUUAUUUUAAAAUUAAUAAUUAUAUCAACCCUAUUAAUCUGAAAUAUAUAACUAUAGUUAGUUGCUUCAUUGCCGAACUGAAUUAGGUAUACAUAUAAAUAUUUACAAUAGUAUAAUAAUAACUGCUAACAUGAUUAUUUUAAAAAUUAUACAAAACAUUCAGCUGUUGUGAUGCACAUGGGUAAGCAAAACAGAUAAAUUAUUUGUUAUUGUAUAAUAAGUAAUAAAGAAGUUUGUAAAUGAGCCAUAAUAUUGGGUUUAAUUCUGCAAUAGAGAAAAAAAACAAUGAUUUCUAUUACAUAUAAAAGGUAAAUAUAUGUUGAACCACUAAUAUGGAAACUCAAAAGCUUACCAAAAAUUAAGUUUUUAUGUUUUUGCUCCAGAGUUGAAUAUUUGUGAGAUACCUACAUCAUAUCUAUUGGUUAUAUUCCCGAGACUCACCUAUUUGUUGCCAGAUGUUUUCAGCAACAUAAUCUAGUCAUAAUGUUACUCUUUUAAAGAGUCCUUUUAAGUUACAAUUAAUUUAAAAAUGAGUUGUUUAAUGUUAAAAAUCGUGAAUAUACUUAAUUAACGAUUACAAACUUAUAAAAUAUAAUACAUAGCUGUACAUGAUUUAAAAAAUAAAAUUAUUCUCCUUUCAAAGGAAGAAAUUCCAAACAGUUAUGACUCUAUAAAACUAGAUUAACACACCAUCAGUAAUAAAUAUAAAUACCUUCAAAAGUAACUUAUUACAAUUUUAUGAUAUACAUACUUUUUUGCUUAACGUAAUUUGUUUUAUAAAUAUAUAAAUCAGUCAAUAUGCCAUGUGUAUAAACAUCCACAGCCAUUCUUUGUAUCAGGGAUUAUACAAUACAAAAGGCAUUUUAUUUCCAUUAAGGACAAUAGUUUUUAUUGGAUACAUAAUCCUCGACCUAUCAGUUUGAUUAUGGUUGUUUUGAGGAACUCAGCAAUUGAUUAGAGAAAGUUACUAAUAUAAUAAUCUUAUGCACUUCAAACCAAAAAUAUGUUUCACCUAUGUGAGAUUUCUUGUAUUUGUACUCAUUUCAUUAAAACUCAGUGCAUUCAUUGUUAUUCUUAUAGCAUAAAAUGUUAUUUAUAUUAAUUCUUUAUGUUGACAAAAACACAGGAUGAAAUACCUAAGUAGAUUUACGAUAACAAUUUUUGUUAUUAUGAAAAUAUUAGAAUAAAAUCUGUUAUUAUUUUUCAUCCUAUUGCAAAGAUGAAUUCCUUGAUUUUGAAAUUGUUUCUGAAUUUUUAAGUAAAAUUGUUCAUAAUUGUCCUUAACCAUUGGUUGAAAGAGUAUAAUUUUGUUGAUUAGGAGUUUUAAAAUAUAUUCAUUGUGAUAUUUAUUUGAAUGGCCAGCACAGUGGCUUUUUCUUGGUGUUAGGCUUUUUGGAUGCUGCUCUGACUGCUUCUCUGAAAAUUUCUUCAAGGCCAUCACUCCUCAGCGCUGAGCAUUCCAUGUACUUUGUAGCUCUUAUUUUUCUUUUUAAUCUUUUGCCAUCGCUUGGUUUAAGAGUCUCCACGUUUUCAUCAUCUCUUAGAUCAGACUUUGUUGCUA